GCAACAUCAAAAUAUUGAACAACAGACCCGAGCGCCCGGUGUCCAGCUGUUUCACAAUGAUUUCUGUCGCUUUUAGCUAACAUUUAUCUCGGGCAGUGAGAGGAAACUCUGUAUUUUGCAGCUCCAACAUGGCGGGGCCGCUGCUGGAGUUUGAGACGGAGAUGUUUCUGAGUCUUUUCGGCUGCGACGGGCUGCUGGUGGUGGCGGAGGGGAUGGGGAUAGACCGCAUUCUGCUGCAGUUUAUGCGGGUUUACUCGGAGCAGGACAGCCUAGUCCUUCUGCUCAACACAACCCCACCUGAGCAGGAGUAUUUCACAGAGCUGCUGCGAGUGGAUGGUGUGACCCACUUGCCCAGGACAGUGACCAGCGAUGUCCAGAGCACUGAGCGCUAUAAUGUUUACACGGGGGGAGGAGUGCUGUUUGUCACCAGUAGAAUCCUGGUGGUCGACUUCCUCACUGACCGCAUCCCUGCCCAUCUCAUAUCAGGCAUCCUGGUGUAUCGUGCUCAUAAAAUCAUUGAGUCGUGUCAGGAGGCCUUCAUCCUUCGUCUGUUCAGACAGAAGAACAAGACAGGCUUCAUCAAAGCCUUCACUGACAAGGCCACGGCCUUCUCCUCGGGUUUCUGCCAGGUGGAGCGUGUGAUGAGGAACCUCUUCAUCAAGAAGCUCUACCUGUGGCCCAGGUUUCAAGCGUCAGUAAACACAGCACUGGACAGGCACAAGCCGGAGGUGGUGGAGCUCCAUGUGUCAUUGUCACCAGCUAUGAGGGCCAUCCAGAGCUCCAUCAUGGAUAUCAUGAGCGCCUGUCUGAAGGAGCUGAAGCGCUACAACCCCACCCUGGAGGCCGAGGACCUUUCCCUGGAGAACACGCUAGGCAAUGCCUUCGACAAGACCAUCCAUCACUACCUGGACCCCUUGUGGCAUCAACUGGGAGCAAAGACCAAGGCCCUGGUCCAGGACCUGAAAGUGCUGAGGGUUCUCCUGCUGUACCUCACCCAGUAUGACUGUGUCACCUUCCUCAAUCUGCUCGAGUCGCUGCGCUCCAGCCAAAAGAUCUUUGGAUCCAAUUCAGGGUGGUUGUUCCUCGACUCCAGUACCUCCAUGUUUGUGAACGCCAGGAGUAGAGUGUACCGCAUCCCAGAGAGCAAGAAGAAACUCAAAGUAGGAGCGGAGGCAGAGAAGUCAUCCUCUGCUUUAGAGGUGAAGCGGGAACUGGUGCUGGAGAAGAGCCCAAAGUGGGCGGCUCUGUCUGAGGUACUGCAGGAGAUUGAGAGGGAGAACAAGAGCUCUCAACGUGAACCAGGUCGUGUGCUGAUCUGUGCCAGUGAUGACAGGACUUGUGCCCAGCUGCAGCAGUACAUCAGGCACGGCUCUGAGUGGCUGCUUAACCGACUGUAUGCCCGCACGAUCGCUAAACGGGACUCCGCUGCAGCCGCCGCCUUUGACCUUGACUUGCACAAAAAGGGCAAAGGCUGGCCUAAAAAGGGAGCCAAGGGCAAGGAGCCUGCACAGAAAAAAAACACAAAGAGUAAAAAAAGGCCAUCCCUGACCCUGACCCAGAUGAUGGGGAAAAAUGAAGGUGACGCAGCGAUGAUGGGCAGCAGUGGAGAUGAGGAUGACAUGACGGAUGAGGAUGUAGGGGAGGAAGAACAGCUGAAGAUGGAUUUGUCAUCGGAUGCCUACUAUGGCAUCCUAAAGGAGCCGCUGACUGUCAUUCACCCACUGAAAGGCCUCACCGACCCCCACAGCUUGACCCGGGUGCUGCAUGAGGUAGAGCCCAGUUUUGUGGUGCUGUACGACGCUGAACUCAGUUUUGUCCGCCAGCUGGAGAUCCACAAAGCUAGCCGGCCCGGAAAGCCACUUAGGGUGUAUUUCCUCAUCUAUGGAGGCUCAACAGAAGAACAGAAGUACCUGACGGCGCUGUCUAAGGAAAAGAAAGCCUUUGAACACCUGAUCAGGGAAAAAGCUACUAUGGUCAUCCCAGAGGAGAGGGAGGGGCGAGAAGACACCAACCUGGACCUUGCUAGAAAUUUAGAGCCCGCCAACGCCACCACCAACACGCGCAAAGCAGGAGGCCAGGAGCAACACAAAGAGCCCUCACGAGUCAUUGUGGACAUGCGUGAGUUCCGCAGUGAGCUGCCCUCCUUGCUGCACCGGCGUGGGCUGGACAUCGACCCUGUCACUCUUGAAGUCGGCGACUACAUCCUGACCCCGGAUACGUGUGUCGAGCGCAAGAGCGUCAGCGAUCUGAUCGGCUCGUUGCAGAGCGGCCGCCUCUACACACAGUGUGUCUCCAUGAACCGCUACUACAGAAAACCAGUGCUCCUCAUUGAGUUUGACCCAGCGAAACCGUUCUCCUUAAUGGCCCGAUCAGAUUUCCGUCAUGAGAUUUCGUCUAAUGACAUUUCUUCAAAACUCACCUUACUCACCUUGCAUUUCCCCAGGCUCCGUAUACUCUGGUGCCCGUCCCCACACGCCACAGCUGAGCUCUUCCUGGAUCUAAAGCAAGGUCGCUCUGAACCAGAUGCUGCAGCAGCUCAGGCGGUCACAGCCGAGUCAGACAUGGUGGCUGAAUCAGCAGCCCUCUACAACCCAGGACCUUAUGACUUCCUGUUGAAAAUACCUGGGGUCAAUAUGAAAAACUAUAGGGCUCUUAUAAAAAAUGCAGACAGCUUGGCAGAUUUAGCCAAACUCAGCCAGGACAAACUAGCAGAAAUACUCGGGAAUGCUAACAGCGCUAAAUUGCUCUAUGAGUUUCUGCAUAAUGUCGCGGAUGUCCCUGCUCCUGCUCAGAAGGCCAAACUGACGUGAUGGGCAGUUAAACAUCUGACUUAUAUAAAUGUAUUUUCCUAUCAUUAGGAUUAGUUUUGCAUUUUAAAGCUGGAUGGAAGUGGCGUUGUAGAACAAUGGAGACCUUAUUUUAGUCAAUAUGAGUCUUUGCCAUUAACAGUGAAAUAUGUAUUAUCUAUGAAUGGACAGAAAUAAUACAGGUUUUUCUAUUGUAUUUUGUAAACUACUCUGCAAGUGGAACAUUUAUUAGAUUUUUAAAAUAACUUUAAAAUAAGAAUUGCAUUCUGAUAAAAUAAAAAUCCUUAAAUAUUU